CUCUAAUCCUUCGAUAUUAAUUUGAGCAAUGGCUAUUUCCAUUUCGAACUGAAUCUUCCUCCAAAAAAGGCUCUUCCUGGCAUUUAGCACAAUCCGUGAAUAUCGAAUCCAUCUCGCUAUCAAAAUCACCCUAAGCCUCGUCUCUGUCUAUAGCCAACGCAUCCUAACGCCAUGGAACCGUUAUCUGCUAUGGGCCUAGCAGCAAGCAUCAUUGCCAUUAUCCAGAUAACGCAGACAGUGUUAAAGAAAGUUGGUCCGUCCGCCCACAACAAGCACGACCUGAAUCGCUUGCUCUCGCUGGCAAGUGGAUUUAAAGGCGUAUACGAAUCACUGGAAUAUUCCUUGACAUACAGCGAGCACGACGAGUCUCGUGCAGCUCUGCUGAAAUCGCUCGAGCAGCCAGCACGCGAAUGCAAACUAGUCCUUCAAUGCAUCCGAGAGCACUUGGAGAAUACGAAUUUCGUCCGGCAAUAUAUUAUAGGAAGCCACUUUGACGACAAAUUCAAGCGGUGUAUAGAGCGACUCAAGGACGAGAGGGAUUUAUUUGAGGUGAUUUUGCAGGUUGAUCAGCACGCGAUGAUGAGAGAGAUCAAGAAGUUCUCGAGGAAGACAGGGGAGAUUUUGAUUUUGGUGCAAAAUACUGAGGACCAGAUGGAAUCUUUGGCCAAAAGUUCUAGAGAGCAACGCGAAGAAGCCAGAGCGUAUUUUAGUAGAGCUGAGGCUACCUUGGAGGAAGUUCACACAACUUUUAUGGCUCAGAAGAUGGAACAAGAAGAAGCUCAAAAAGACGCGACCCGAGAAUCUCUUAUUGGUUGGUUAUCGAACACGAACCCCCUUUCAGACCAUUCCAUGAAUCAGAAAAUGCGUGAAAGCACGACGGGGAACUGGUUCAUCAAAGGUGACGCUUAUAAGAAAUGGUUAUGUGACCCUGGUUCAGUUUUGUGGCUAUCUGGAAGUACAGGGUGUGGGAAGAGCGUGCUCUGGUACCACUCCUCUUCAGUAUAGACUUCUUGGCUGAUCAGUUUAGUUCGACAAUCAUCGAGGAGACGAAGGCUCAUUGCUCAGCAGAUUUGACCCAAAGUUCUUAUCUUGCAUACUACUACUUCUCUUUCUCGGAUAGCGAGAAGCAAAAACCCACCAAUUUCUUGCGAUCUAUUAUUGCCCAACUUGUCUCGCAGACACCCGACGUUCCCGAUGCUCUUCGAAAGCUGCGUGAAAGUUACAGAAAGGAUGAACCGCCAUUAGAAGCCUUGAUAUUGGUCUUUAGAUCUGUCGUUCAGGUCUCCGCUCAGUUUUAUCUUAUACUAGAUGCUAUUGAUGAGUGUCCAGCGAGCAGCGGCAUGCGCGACCAGCUUUAUGAGAUUUUGGUAGACGUCGGGAAGUGGUCAAUCCC